AUGUCGUAUAUAAAAGCCUCUCUCAAAAGUGCACGGGAAGCAUUAGAGGCGAAAAAUUGGGAAUUCGCAGUAACUAACUGUGAAAAUGUGCUUAAAUUUGAAAAUGACAAUUAUAUGGCACACGUGUUUCUUGGUUUAGCAAAAUUAAAUUUAAACCGAAUUUCAGAAAGUGAACAGGCAUAUUUACGUGCUAUCGAGAUAAAUCGGUCAAAUCUGCUCGCCUGGCAGGGUCUUACAAAGUUUUAUGAAAGUCAAGAGAAAUGGUCGGAACUGGCAGAGACCUUGCAAGAAAUAUUGAACCUACAUAAAGCAAGCAAAGAUGCCAAUAAAAUGAUCGAUACCAUCAAUAAAUUGAUUGAUUUAUAUACAAAGCGGAAAGAUCGGAAAGCACUUGUAUCUAUUCUUGAAUUUUUGUUACCAGGAAGUCCAUAUUAUGAUUCUAUUAAGAAAUUGGUUGAUGUUCCGACACCUGUGCAGACGUUAUCGAGAAUAAUUGAAUUGUUGGAUAAGGAAGAAAAUGAAACUAUAAACAGGGAAAUUGAAACACGAAGAAAACGACUUGGUGCUGGUAGUCCGGCUGAGAUCAAAUCGAAAGUUUAUCAGGAAGUUUAUACUUCUUCUAAGCUGGAAGAAUUUUACGAUAAACUAUUUGAAUUAAUCGAUGAUUCGAAUGCUUCUCGUGUGGAUAUUACGAAAUUAUCGCAGAACUAUAUUGAACAUCUUCAAAAGAAAAUCGCUAUAAUCUCAUUGAAUGAUAAACACAGGAUACGGGAGAAACUUUACGAGAAGUCUCAACGGCUUAUCGAUCGCGGAUAUGAUUCUCCGAUGCCUUAUGAAAUAAUCAUUGAAAGCACAGAUGCGUCCUCCGCAGACGAGUAUGAUUCAACGUUAUUAAAACAAUAUUCUGAAAAUUUUCCUCAUUCCGGGUUAUCAAAGAUCAUUCAAGGAUUUGAAAUGGCAGAAAAUAGUUUAUUUGGUCAUCUUACAUUAAGUUGGAUUUAUUAUGAAUCUAAAGAUUAUGAAUUAGCUUUGGAAACUGCAAAGAACGGACGUGAUGUGGUUCAAAAAUAUAACAAAGAAUUUGGAAGCACACUUGACAGGCUCAUACAAUCACUGCAAUUGUGUAUGGCAAAUUGUUAUUUAAAUAUUGAUGUCAAAUAUUAUACCGAUGCAUUGUCACUUUAUCAAAAACUUUUAAAAGCAGACAAGAAUAAUAUUCCGGCUCUACAAGGUGUUGGUAUGGUGUUAUCUGCACAAAAACAAUAUGAUAAAGCUAUUGAAAUUUUCGAGAAAAUACAAAAAUUGGAUUCAUCUAAUCAUAUUUCUAUCAGUGAGAUUGGAUGGAUAGAAUUUUUACAAGAAAAUUAUGAAGAAGCAGCAAAAUUAACUUUGAAAGCAAUUGAAAUGAGUAAUGAAAAUGCACUUUACUUCUAUCGAUUAGGUCGAAUUUAUUGGGGCAUGGGUGAUGAGCAUCGUAACGAUAAAAACCGUGCCUAUGCACAGUUUGUUCGUUCGGCAAAACUCGACCCACGUUUUGCAAGUUCAUUUACUUACCUUGGACAUUAUUAUCGUCUCAUUGAGAAAGAUCACGUUCGUGCGAAGAAAUGUUAUCAAAAAUCAUUUUCUACUGAUCCACGCGAAGAAGAGGCGGGCUUUCAAUUAAGUGAAUAUUAUCAAUCCGAUAGAGAAUUUCAGAAUGCUGAAGAUCUAUAUCGGACAACAGUUCAAGUAAAUUAUAAGGCUGGAUGGGCUUGGAAAAGAUUAGGAUUUUCGGAAUUGGAAAAUGGGAAUUACUUGGAAGCGAUAACGGAUUUUCAAACCGCUUUAAGAACUGAUUCCAAGGAUAUACAUUGUUGGGAGGGCCUUGCAGAAUCCUAUCGAAGAGAAGGAAGAUAUACGGCUUCUAUGAAAGCUUUUUUGCGCGCAAUUGAAUUAGAUCCAUCUUCGGUGUUUGCAAAUUAUAAGGCUGCUACCGUGAAACAAAAAUUAGGCAUGUAUGCCGAGGCAAUUGACCAGUAUAAUUUAACUCUUGAAAAAGCUCAAAUUAAAGGUGAAGAAAAUCACAUGCUCUCAUUAAAAGGACUUGGUGAUUGUUACUUGGCUUUGACAAAAGAGUAUUUUCAAGGUGGAUAUUAUGGUAGAGCAGCUGAAUCAUUAGGUCAUGGCCUAUCGACAAUUUUGCGUGCAAUAAGAGUAAAUAAUAAAGUUCAAUGUCUUUGGAAAUUGGUUGGUGAUCUUUGUAUUGCAGCUCCGUCAUUGCCAAAUUAUCUUGAUUUAGUACCUGUCGAAAUAAUAGUAAACCUUGUUGAAAUAGCAAGAAAAGUAGAUUUAGAUUUCAAAUUACAUCUUCCCAAAGAUAUUGAUAAUCUUGGAAUCAGACUAAUAACGGAUACUGAUUUCAGCAAUUUGCGGGGUGCCGAUUUACUUAUAAUCCUGUUAACUUGCGGGUGCCUUGCUUAUAAAUAUGCUAUCCUUUUAAGUGGUAAUCGAUCCGACACCGCAUCUGCCCUGUGGUAUGACCUCGGAUUAAUUUAUUAUAACGUGUACCAAUGCAUAUCCGGUGAUGGAAAUGAAGUUGAUAUGUCAAAUUUAUUGAGCAUUGCAAUUCGUAGCGUUAAGAUUGCACUAAAAUUUGAACCAACGAAUAGUAAUUUUUGGAACGCACUUGGGGUUAUGACUCUUAUUGAUGAUGCAAAAAUUAGUCAAAACGCCUUUAUUAAGGCAAUCAAUUAUUCUCCAAUGAAUGCAACCCCUUGGACGAAUUUAGGAAUCUUGUACUUGUUACAUUCUGAUUUAGAACUUGCGAAUCAAGCAUUUUCAAAAGCCCAUUCACUUGACCCUGAUUAUGUACCUGGGUGGGUCGGACAAGCUUAUGUUGCCAAUUUGUGGGGAAGUAGUAGUGAGGCCGUUGAAUUAUUUGAACAUUCUUAUGAGAUCAGUGGCGGAGGUUACGUUCUUGAAGCGGAUUAUGGUUUUGCCUCGCAAGCAUUUAUUCAAUAUAAAAAUUCGUCCAAGUUACACCGAUCCUCACUUAUAUCACCGACCUUUGCAUUGUUAAAACUUACUGAGCAAAGACCUGAUGACGCGGCGGCAAUGAAUCUUUUGGGAAUAUUCUAUGAAUGGCUUAAUCAGCCUGAUAAGGCGGCAGAAGCAUUUUCAAACGCGACAUUGGCACUUGAAAGAUUAAUUCAACGUGAACAACAACGGCAAGGCCUAGCUGACGAAGAUCAAGUAUCAAAUAUUCCUAAUUAUUUAAUAAACAAACUAGCUUACGUACAAGGGAAUCUUGGUCGAGUACUAUGUGCAAACCAUGAUUUUUCUGGUUCAAUAUCAGCAUAUAAUAGAACAUUAUCUUUGAUCGAGCAGGGUAAUUUGACAUCGGCGGCUACAUUUAAGAUUUAUACAAUAUUAGGAGUUGGCUUGUCUUAUUAUUUUAAUAAUCAAUUAGAAGAUUCCUUACAAAUGUUUGAGAUAGCUCUUAAUGAAACUGAUGAUGCUGAACAAAUAGGCGGAGGGAUUGGUAUUAAUGAAGUACGAAAGGAUGUUGUGGUCCUAUUAUCACAAGUGCUUUGGGCUUUGGGAGGGGUUGAUCAUAAAAAGUUGGCAAAAGAGGAAUUAUUUAGAUGCAUUGCACAAAACCCGAAUCACCUUCCUGCUAUUUUUGGAUUAUGUGCGAUGGGCUUAUUACAAGAUGAUGAGACAUUGGCAUCUGCCACUUUAAAUGAAAUGAUAAAAUUACCUAUUAAAGUUAUUGAUAACUUGGAUAGAGAACGUGAUGUCGAUUUCUUAUUGAGCAGAUAUUUCUUAUUGCGGAAUUCGCCCGAAGAAGCCACAAAUACUCUCACGAAAUCAGUGCAUCUUAAGCCAUUCGAGUUGAUUGGAUGGUCACGGCUCGCUAAUCAUCUCACAUCAAUUGCAUCCCCAUUUACGUCGGUUUCAAUUGCCUCUACAGCAUUAGCGUUAAUAUCUAAUCCUCUAUCAAAUGCUUCCAAAAAUUUGGGCACUAUGACAAAAGCAAAAUUGUAUCAAACGUUCGUGACAGCGUUGUUGAUUACCAGACAACAUUUAUCGAAUGAGAUAUCAGACGAAGAAGAAAGUAUUAAAGUUGAGAAAAUUAAAUUAUGCGAGAAAUUAAGAUUAGAAGCUUUACGAGCUAUCCAAACAGCUAUUAAAAUUGCUCCAUGGGAUCUGGUUGGAUGGUCAUUACUUGGGAUAGCUUGUGGAAAGUAG